GAAAUUAAAAAAGAAAAUAAAAUAAAAUGGAAGAAAAGAAGCAGUCAAAAUUAAACGAGAGCAUAACAAAGCAGCGUCAUGCGUGUGUCGUCGGUGAUGGUGAUGGAUCCUAAGGUUUUGAUAUUGCUUUCGACGUUGCUCUCUUCUUUCAGGAUCACAGCUUCUAAUCUGAUCUUUUAUGAGCCAUUCAACCACACAUUCGAGGGCCGCUGGACAGUGUCUCAAAAGCAUGACUACAAAGGAUUAUGGCAGCACUCAAAAAGUGAGGGACAUGAUGACUAUGGACUCCUUGUCAGUGAGAAGGCAAGGAAGUAUGCCAUUGUGAAAGAGCUGGAUCAGCCCUUCUGUCUUCGGGAUAAGUUGGUGGUUUUGCAGUUUGAGGUCCAGCCACAAAAAGGGCUGGAAUGCGGGGAUGCAUACUUGAAGUAUCUCCGAUCACAGGAGGCUGGAUGGACACCGGAGGAGUUUGAUGAGAAGUCUCCGUACUCUAUUAUGUUUGGACCUGACAAAUGUGGAUCUACUAACAAGGUUCAUUUCUUUCUUAAUCUCAAGAAUCCCAUGAAUGGGGAGUAUUUUGAGCAUCAUCUCAAGUUCCCUCCAUCUAUGCCUACAGACAAACUAACCCAUGUCUAUACAGCGAUAUUGAGGCCUAAUAACGAAUUGGGGAUUCUGAUAGAUGGAGUGGAGAAGAAGAAAGCAAAAUUUCUCUCAGAUGAAGAUUUUGAGCCAUCGCUAAUUCCCCCCAAGACAAUCCCUGACCCAUAUGAUAAGAAACCAGAUGACUGGGACGAGCAGGUAAAAAUUCCAGACCCCCAUGCAGUAAAGCCAGAUGAUUGGGAUGAGGAUGCACCCAUGGAAAUUGUAGAUGAAGAAGCUGUGAAACCUGAUGGCUGGUUGGAUGAUGAACCGGAGGACAUUGAUGAACCUGGUGCUGUAAAGCCAGAAGAUUGGGAUGAUGAAGAGGAUGGAAAGUGGCAUGCUCCUCUUGUUAACAACCCAAAUUAUAAGGGGCUUUGGAAACCUCGAGAGGUCCCAAAUCCCAAUUACUAUGAGAUUCAUAAACCUGAUUUUGACCCAAUUGCUGCCAUUGGUGUUGAGAUAUGGACAAUGCAGGAUGGCAUAUUGUUUGACAAUAUUCUCAUAACUUCUGAUGCAAAGCUUGCAGAGUCAUAUAGAGAAACAACAUGGAAACCAAAGUUCCAAGUUGAGAUGCAGAAACAAAAAGCUGAAGAAGCUUGGACUGGUCUUUCAGAUGCAGUAUCUAAGUUACAGAAGAAGGUUUUUGACAUUUUGUACAAGAUAGCAGACAUUACUUUCUUGGAAGCUUACAAAUCUAAGAUCAUUGAUAUCAUUCGGAGGGCUGAAACCGAACCUCAAUUCACAGUUGGUCUUCUUGUUGCCUUUGUGGUUCUUCUGCUGUCAAUUUUCUUUGCAACCAUUUCUGCGUCAAGGUUGCAGAAACUACGAGGCAUGUUGCUGAAGGGACAUCAAUGGAGCACUCAAGAGACGGAAGAUGAAAAUGAAAAGGGAAAGGCUACUCUAUCUAUUGCUGCAGCUACUCCUAGUUGUGAAGCUCGAGUAGGCAUGUUGCUUUCUUGCUUUGCUGUAUUCUCAUCCAGCGCUUGUCUUCGAUCAACUGCCUUUAUCUAAAGCUCAGCCACCGACGCACCUCUCUUUGAGAAACCGUUAAGAAGCUUGGAUAUUUCUCCUUCUUUUCUUGUUCUAGGAUUGAAAUUGAACCCAGAAUUCUCCCCCCCUCUGCAGAAUUUUUGGAUCUGCUCUGUCCUUCCGUCGGCUGCUCCUACUUUGUGGGGGCGAAUUGCUCGGGUUUCUAAAUUGCCGCCGGCUCUUCCCCAAUUUGCAGCUUCGGUUUUGCUGGGAAAAUUCUGGUUCUUGAGUGUUCUGUCACCCGAGCACUUGGUUUGAGUUUCCUGUAUUACGGAUUUGAGGUAAGUAAAUUAUGGUAACGCCUUUCAAUCUUAAAGCAUAUUUUAAAUUGUUUUUGAGAUGGUGGCAAGGUUUAAAUUGAUUUUAAAUUGAUUUUAUUAGCACCGAGCAUGAUUGAUUUGAAAUGGAAUUAUUUUCGUUUUCAUUGAGUAGAGCAUGCCCACUUGGAAUUUACUGAACUGCUUUGAUGAUUUGAGAAUUUUUGUAAAUUAUGAUUUUAUGUUAAAUCCAUGUCCAUAUGGAAUUUUUUGGUUAUUUAUGAAAUUUGAGAUCGAUUGUGAAUUACGGAUUUCUUUUGUAAAUUCUGCAUGGUUUUGUCUCUAAUAUGGUCAUGUUUUACUGUGCUCGCUAGUGGGAGGUUUAUAAACGCUAGCACAUGUUUACUGAUAGUAUCGAUUCAUUCUGUAAUCUUGCCAAUGGGAUAAUACAUUGGUUAUUACUAAAAUCCUGCCAAUGGGAUAAAACAUUGGUUACUACUGUGCUCGCCAGUGGGAGGUUUAUAAAUGCUGGCCAUGACCUAUAGAUGAGAUUACUAUUGAAUUUUUUUCUGCAUUAACGGUUUGUCAUUGAACGUUUUGCUAUGGAACUGAAUUUGAUUCCGUAUUAACAGUUUAUCAUUGAAUGUUUUGUUAUGUUAAACUGUUUAUCUGGCAUGCUUAAAUUUUACCCAAGGGCUAUCCAUAUUUACUUGUUGAGUUAUCUCAUAGUUUUUCCUUGUCCAUCAUUUCAGGAAGCAAAGUCAAAGACAAGAAAAAACGAGGGGAGUGACGAGUUAGAAGGCUAGCCACCUGUAAUUUGAUAUAGAUUUUAGAUAUAUAUCAUGAUCUUGUAAACUAGAUUUUAAUUAGAGAUUUUAUAAAUUCGUUUAAUGGAU